AGCUUAUCAGUUUCUCUCUCUAACUUAUCAGUUUCUCUCUCUAAAACAAAAAUCCAAACCGCAGUGGCAACUUCCUCCUCUUCUUCUUCCUCUCCUCCAAUACGCACCGUUUCGUCUUCUCUCUCCCGGCUCUGUCUACGCCAGCGUCUUCUUUUCGAUUGAUGACUACAAACCCUAUCUGGAAGCUCAAACGCAGAAGGAGACGCAGCGGCGAGGGCUAAUCCCGUAAUUUCCUUCCGUUUUCUCUCUAUCUACUUGGUACUCUUUGAUCACUGCGGUUUGUUAUGGACGUUCUGGUGGGAUCCACCUCCGCCGCGACGGCCUCCUGUCUGUUUCUCAACCAAAACGGCGUCGUGGGCGGCGGAGGUCUCAACCAAAACGGAGGAGGAUCGGCGAUCGGGGCAUGCGGACAGCGCAACCAGGCUCGGUCGGAGCGGGAAGACUCGUUCUCGAGCAGUUCGUCGUCGUCCAUAGGGGCACCUGACGACAGUGACGAAGAAAAUGAAUCCAAGGAAGGAUCCGGUGACGUCACUGACAGCGAAGAGGUUCAGAGCAAGUUUAACGGCCGCGCCGCUGGAGGAUUGACUUCUCUGGGAUCGAUGGAUUCUCUGGAAGAUUCUCUCCCCAUCAAGAGGGGAUUAUCGAACUACUUCUCAGGGAAAUCGAAAUCAUUUGCAAGCUUAUCGGAUGUUGUGACGACCGCUUCGACGGUGAAGGAGCUGGAGAAGAGGGACAACCCAUUCAACAAGAGGAGAAGAGUUUUGAUCGCCUCGAAAUGGUCCAGAAAGUCGUCGUUUUCAUCUUUCUACAACCACCCAAACCCAAAGUCCAUGCCAUUACUAGCAUCCUUAAAUGAAGACGAAGAAGAAGAACCAGAAGAGACGCAAGAAGACCCAUCAUCAGGGCAAUCUUCCUCAGAUGAGAAAGAGCCACGCAUGAUCAGGACCCCUAAAUUGCUUGACAGGGGAUUGAAGAGCUUCAAGUCUAGGAGUUGCUAUUGCCUCUCAGAUCUGCAAGAACAUGAACACUAAGAACACCACCACACCGCACCACCCACUUGGCAUGGGUGCAGUUUUUUUUGUUUUUUGUUUAAUAUUAUCUCUGGUUGGUGGCAGGGUUUGUGUCAUUUGAAGCCCACUAUUAAAAAUUAAAAUCAAAAUUAUAAAAUGUGUAUUUUAGUAAAUAUGAUUCCUUUUUGUUUUUUGUUUGGAUGUUAUUAUUUUUCUAUUUUUAAUGUUUACAGGAUAAGGAUAUACUUGAUCAGCUGAUUCGGAUAUCUUAACUGGAGGAGUAGAAAGACAAGUUUGCCCCUAAUGCCUAUCCUUAAGGCAUCUUUCUGAGUCAGUAAGAUUGAGCUGGACAUAGAGAAUAGAGAUAGGAGUUGGUUGACACCUUCACAUUGUUUAUAACUUGGACUGCCCUAAAGUUAGGGAAAAGAACACAAAUAGCGUCUAGCAUUGUUUCAUGGCGAUGCAAACGAAGAAAAGAACCCAACGGAAAUUGAUUGAAGUGGAAUCGAACGCCCGAAACGGCAAAGAAACAAGCCGAAUGAUGAAAAUCGUGUUCGGAGAUGUCCGGAAGGGGCAAGUUAUCUCAUCCUUGAGGGAAAAUGGGAAUGGAUUUCGUUCUAGUGAAGCAAAGAUGAUGUGGUGGUGCUUUGGAUUUGGUUUACUGCCUUCACGUCUCACCCAACUCUAAUGAAAGUUGGUUUAUACAAGGAGGUGUCAAAUACCAAAUUUGCUUUUAGGCGACAGUGAGAGGAAGUUUGGAUUUCUUGGAAAAUAAUUUAAUUUAGUGAAAGAUACAGAUUUUUUGGACACCGAGUCCUUUUCUCAAUAAAGAAAAAUUAAAUGGAAAAUCGACGUGUUUGAGGU